CCAACUCAAGACACACGCCAGCCAAAGUAUUAGCCGCGCGGUCAAGAUGAGGGCACUGGUAUGCAUAAUGUUGAUCUCCAUGGCGUUCGCCGAGGACAAGGCGGUCCAGAAGCGCGGCCUGCUGGACCUGGGUUACGGUGGUUAUGGACUCGGAUUGGGAAGCGGCCUGCUCGGUGGUGAUCUCGGCGGACACGGUCAUGUCGCGGUCGCCGUUCAGGAAAAAGCUGUUGCCGUUCCAGUUGCGGUUCCGAAACCGUACCCAGUCGCUGUCGACCGACCAGUCCCGGUUAAGGUGCCAGUAGCUGUCCCGCAACCGUACCCGGUACCAGUGGAGGUACCCAGACCAUACCCAGUGGUCCAGACCCAGACCGUCCAUGUUCCAGUCGAUAGGCCGGUCCCAGUCACGGUUCCAGUUAAGGUGCCCGUGCCCGUGCCCGCUCCAUACCCCGUCAAGGUAGCCGUACCUCAGCCCGUCCCAGUCGCGGUUCCUCACCCAGUUCCAGUCGCGGUUCCACAUCCUGUUGUCGUUAAGGAAACGGUUCCCGUCCUUGUUAAGGGACACGGCUAUGGACACAGCUACUAG